AUGCGUUUCUCCACCAUCCUCCCCGCAGCCUCGCUGCUCGCUCUCUCCACCACUGCCCCCGUCGACAACCUCUCCACCCGCGCCGCAUGCUCCUCCUACACCAUCAUCAACACCCGCGGCACCGGCGAGAUCCAAGGCGAAUCCUCCGGCUUCCGCACCAUGAACCGCAACAUCCAGUCCGCAGUCUCAGGCGGCAAGAUCUACAACACCGUCUACGCUGCCGGCUUCAGCCAGAACAGCGCUGCCGGCACCGCAGACAUCGUCAACAAAGUCCAGUCUACACUACGCACGAACCCGGAUGAGUGCUUUAUCCUCGAGGGAUACAGUCAAGGUGCUCAGGCGACGGUGAAUGCGAUGUCUCAGCUCACUGGCGCGAAUUUUGAUGCUGUUAAGGGUGUUUUCCUCAUUGGUGACCCGGCGCAUAAGUCGGGAUUGUCAUGCAACGUCGACAAUAACGGUGGUACCACUACCAAGAACGUCAAUGGUUUGUCUGCGGCGCUGAGCAGGGGCAUUCCGAGUAACUGGCAAGGCAAGACGCUGGAUGUGUGCAUCUUUAACUUGGGUACCCAGUUUGUCACUAAGCAGCUCGGUGGAAGUGCUUAG